AAAAUUAAAACUUGUAAAGGAGUGAAAAAGAUUGCAAAUUGUACUUUGUAAGCAAAAUAGAACAGAAAUUUCACCAUUGAGUUGGCACUGUUAUCUGACACAAUCAGAAUGCUCGGUUCUCUGUUCUGUUUUUCUUCUGCUAUGCUUCCAUUUGUACACAUGAAAUCACAUCUUUAACCCUCUCUCUCUCUCUCAUCCACAUAUGUAAACCCUUUAUGCCUUUCCUGUAGAACUAAAGUAACCAUUCCAUUCCACCACUACCAUAAACAGAGAACCAAAUUCUAAACUGUAGGGAAGUCUGUCUAACAACAGGCCUUCAAUUUCAAACCUGGAUUUUCCCAGCAAUCAACUGACAAACGAAGAACAUCAAAACAUGGGUUUUAACAAACAAUCACUAAAACCUCCAUGGAAGGUGAAAAACACGACAAGGGAACUUGGAGGUCGAAUUAUUCGUUCGACUGGAAGGAAAGACAGACACAGCAAGGUUUGUACAUCUAAAGGUCCUAGAGAUAGAAGAUUGAGACUGUCGGCGAACAUUGCUAUUCAAUUUUAUGAUGUUCAAGACCGACUCGGGUGCGACCGACCGAGUAAAGCAAUAGAUUGGCUGAUGAAGAAAGCAAAAACCGCCAUUGAUUCCCUUUAUGAUGAACCUGUGGAGAAAGACGUAACUGAUAACCAGGGGAAGGUUGAAAUUGAUGGAAAUCAACAGUCGAAUGGAGUAGUAAGUCAUUCUUCCCCACUACUACUACCUUCAAAUGAUUUCAGUUUCACCAAUCCCAUUUCGGAUCUUGUUGUUGGCGAGAACCAUUCGUCGUUUCCUCAAGGGGGAACCCUUCAGUCCAGUUAUCCAUUUCUGGGUUUUGCGCCAUUAGGCCCCCAACUGUCAAAUCUAAACUUUGAUUUGGAUGGAACUUUCUUCACCAACGAUAUGCUGUACGAUUUCUGAAGAGAAAUUAAAUCUGCUCACAUCAAAUCAACCUGCUUUCUAUAUAUGGAAUUAUGGACGGUAUUUAUUAGAAUCUUCUUUUUUGAUAGUUUCUCUCAAAUCAUUCCUGCCUUCUAUAUAUGGAAUUAUGGGUGGUAUUUAUUAGAAUCUUCUUUUUUUGAUAGUUUCUCUCGAACUAGCAAAACUGUCAUGACUUUUCAUCUCCAUUGAAGAGAUUCUGUAAUGUGAACCUGUUUUUAGUAAUUUGUCAAAGAUAUAUCCAUGGAAGAAGAUGGAUGGUAAGCAUGCAAAAUGGGGUAACAAUUAACAUAUAGUCAUUUUCAUGUCGCUUUCUGGUCACUUUGAUAGAAAAGGGUUGUCAAGUCAACUUGUAUAAGGAAAGUGUCCAUGUUUUGUUUUUUGGAUGAAUAAAAUUUUAAGUUUCA